GACGGUUUAGUGCAUUCAAUAAUGUAAGAAGGGGCUUGUCCACAAUCUAUUUAUGUCUAUCUCUUGACUAUGUAAACAAAGACCUACGUCACAGAGCAAGAUAUAAGUUUUUACUCAAAUGUAGACCUAUAUUUCUGAAAUAUAUGUAUAACCUAGGGCAUUACUUUUGUUUGUCACUAUCAAAAAGUAAGUUUAAAAGUUCAAGGUAACCGUCUAGAUCUAUUCAAGAUCUACGAUUGUACAGUUAACAGUAGGCCUACUAGUCAGAAUCUAACAUUGUUACAUACUAUAGGCGUAAUGUUUUUCGUUACAACUACAACAAAGAACAACUUUGAUUGGAUUGGGACAAGUCUGAACUGGUUGUAGGUUUGGAUUACUAAAUCGAUCGAUAGAUGAACUUCGACCUUAGGUCUACUAUUGAUUUCGUGUUUCUUGAUUCGCCCCACCAGUAAUACCGGGAAGUUGUGUUGGAAAUAAAUUUUAAAAAUCUAGCCACGCCCACCUGAGCUGUGAGCAGUGGCGAGCUAAGAGAGUACGAAGCGAGCAGACUCUUCAACCAGGACAUGUGACGUAAACUCCAUUAAGUAUCAGACCAAGCGGACACCAACAUGGCCACGAAAUCUGAUCCACUUCCAGCUCGAUGUGCAGUACCUCAAGAUAGUUCAAUCGCGCCAGAAAACUCAACCGAAAUGAAAACUGAAACGCAUGACGAUGCAGCUGUCACCAUAUCAAAGGAAGUCAAACCUGGUGGACUUUAUCUUAAGAUUUUCAACGACCCAAUCCAUGGCCAUAUAGAGAUGAAUCCAGCGUGUAUUGCUAUCAUCGACACUCCAGAGUUUCAGCGAUUGAGAUUCAUCAAGCAAUUGGGCUUAGUCUACUUUGUCUUCCCAGGGGCGUCGCAUAACAGAUUUGAACAUUGUCUGGGGACGUGUUAUUUGAGUGGUCAGUUCGCUCGAGCACUAAAGGAGAAUCAAAAAGAUCUUGACAUACAGGAGAAAGACAUUUUAUGCGUGGAGUUGGCUGGACUAUGUCACGACCUGGGCCAUGGACCUUUGUCUCAUCUGUUUGAUCAAAAGUUUAUUCCAAAUUACUCUAAGGAAAAAAAUUGGAAGCAUGAAGACGCCUCUGUGGCCAUGUUUGAACAUAUAGUAGCCAAACAUAAACUGAUGGACGCGGACGGGAUAUUCAGAAAGUUAUAUGAUCUUAACGACGAUGACAUUCUGUUUAUCAAAGAAAUGAUUCGAGGCUCGGGCUUCUCUAGUACAGGGCAAUGGAUGUGUAAGGGUAGAGGAGAAGAGAAAUCAUUUCUUUAUGAGAUAGUGUCCAACAAGAGAAAUAAUAUCGACGUCGACAAGUUCGACUAUUUCGCCAGAGACUGCCAUCACCUGGGCAUUAAGAAUAACUUUGAUCACAGCAGAUUUAUGAAGUUUGCGAGAGUGUGCAGUGUCAACAAUCAACGGCAAAUUUGUAUACGUGAUAAAGAAAUUAGUAACUUGUAUAACAUGUUCUACACCAGAUGGACUCUACACAAAUACGCCUAUCAACACAGAGUCAAAUGUAUCAUUGAAGCCAUGGUUAUUGAUGCCAUGCUUUUAGCUGACAAAUACUUAAAAUUUCAUGGAAAAAAUGGAUUUAUUCCACUUUCUGAGUGCAUUUACGACAUGGAGGCUUACAGUUACCUGACUGAUGACGUCAUCAACAUGGUAUUACAUUCCAAAAGCCAAGAACCGGAAAUGGUGAAGGCUAGAGAGCUCAUUAACAGAAUCUAUGUCAGGAAACUUUACAAAUGUGUUCACGAGACCAAGCCGUUGAGGCCCGAGAUUUCAAAACUUGAUGAAAAGAGUAUCGAAAAAAGGAUUUCCGCGCUGGUUGUAACGCCAGACAGUGAAUUUAGUGCAGAUUUAAUCAGAGUUCAUAUUACCUACCUUGAUUUCGGAAUGAAGAACCAGAAUCCUUUGGAAAGACUAAAUGUGUUUUCCAAAACAAACUUCAACAGUGCCAGACUUCUGAGUAAAGACGAGGCCAGUAGGAUAUUAGGCCCCACAAUUUUCAGUGAAGUCAUAGUGAGAAUCCUUUACUGCGAUGCGAGCAUCUUAAAAGAAGUUCAAAAGACUGUAGCUGACGCUGCUAAAAAAUGGGAGGCAAGCUUAGAAGUCAAGCCAGCAUGUGAGAGUUCUAUAGCCGCUGCUGUUGAAAAUAAAGAAACAAACUUAGAAAAGUCAUUCGCUGAAAGUUCUAUAUCAGAUUCUGUCCGACAUAAGGAUGCAAACCUGGAAGACAAGUCAUCCGAUGAAAGUGAUACAUUUGUAACUCCCAAGCAAAAUAAAUCAAAUUCAGAAGAGAGUCUAACAGUUGAAACAAAAGAUUUCCAUGACAUCCUUAAAACCGCUAAACACUGUUCAACGGUACUGACAUGACGUUGCGCACACACUUAUUUAAUCAAAGUUGAUUUAUGGGAGACCUAAUUAUCUCCUCUCUUUGAAAUAACGUCUUUAAUUUAUAAGAUAAGAGCGAGAAUGAGGCUCCCUCUAACGACUAUGCCAAUCUAUUUAUUUCUCUACUACAUAGCAUUCAUGAAGAUGCGCAUUAUUAUUAAAGUAUUUAUUUUUUACUCUAAUAUAAACCUAUUUGUAUUAGUAUGUCACAAAGUUCUUUACAAUAGCUGGCAUUCCUAUGUCUGUACGGCGUGGCAACUCGCUAUUGGUCUCCAUUGCGCACAGGUUGCGACGGAUCGUCCAGUCUUGAGACCUAUAAUGAUUAGCCAAACGAGAUAACAGUAGAGACUGAUCGGUCCAGCGUCUUAACUUACAGACUAAAAUGUUACUAGUUGUUUAGGCAUUAUAUCAUUACUAUGUCUUAUUUAUUUUAUUAGACGCAUUUCUUUAUGUUUAUUAAGCAGAUUCUGGGAUGAAUACACAUUAAAUAAAUUAUUUAUUUUCAAUAAACAAACAUUUAUA